AUGAUUGGGAGAAGAAACAGUACAAUGAUUAUGAAGUUCAUUCUCUUGGGAUUCUCUGAAUUUCCAAAGCUCACCAUUGUCCUCUUUUCAAUAUUCCUAGGGAUCUACCUGAUGACAGUGGCCUGGAAUGUGGGCCUCAUCACUCUCAUCAGUACUAACUCCAAUCUGCACACACCUAUGUACUUUUUCCUCAGUUACUUGUCCUUGUUGGACAUCUGCUAUGUUUCUACUACUGCCCCCAAGAUGCUCUCAGACUUCUUCAAGAAGCACAAAUUCAUCUCCUUUAUGGGGUGCACCAUGCAAUAUUUCUUCUUCUCUGGCCUGGGUCUGACUGAAUGCUGUCUCCUGACAGCCAUGGCUUAUGACAGAUAUGCUGCCAUUUGUAAUCCUCUGCUUUACACAACCAUCAUGUCCCCCACCCUCUGUGUGCAGAUAGUGGCAGCAUCUAGUGUAACUGGAUUCUUUGGCUCAUUUAUCCAACUGUGUGCCUUACUUCAGCUGCAUUUCUGUGGGCCAAACAUCAUCAACCAUUUUUUGUGUGACUUGCCCCAGCUGCUAAUCCUAUCCUGCUCUGAUACCUUUUAUGUUCAAGUCAUGUUGUCUGUGCUGACAGUAAUCUUUGCGCUUUCAUCUGCUCUCAUUAUUAUGAUAUCCUAUGGUUAUAUUGUUGCCACCAUUCUGAAGAUCACUUCAGCUGAAGGCAGGUCCAAAGCCUUCAACACCUGUGCUUCUCACCUGACCGCAGUGACACUCUUCUUUGGUUCUAGUACCUUUGUUUAUCUGUAUCCUAAUUCUCGAGAUUCUCUGAGCCAAAGCAAGUUUGCGUCGGUAUUAUACGUUGUUGUAAUCCCUAUGCUAAAUCCAUUGAUCUACAGCCUGAGAAACAAGGAAAUCAAAGAUGCCCUAAACAGAUGGAAGAAGAGAAUCUUCUCCUGGUGUUACUAA